AUGCACAAGAGCAAAGUCGUAAAUACAAAACGCGAACGUCGUUCGUCAAAUAAUAAAAAUCAGAACAAUAACAACAUAUCCAAGCAACCACAAACAGAAUCAUAUUCUACAAUCGGUGCUUUAGUUACCGGUCUAACAAGUACACAAGCCAAUAUGUCUAAUGAUACAAGUCCAGCUGAUACUUUAAUUAUAAAGCCAACAUCUAUUGAAAUCAAUAAUACAUCAAAUGGUAUCAUACAUGAAAAUGGAAAUCAUUCCCCAUCGAAAUCCCUUAAACUUAAAAUAGGUAGUGAAAAUGAAAAUGAACAUGAAACUAUAUUACCAACAAAUGGUUAUCAUAAUUCUCAAACCAAUUCAAAUGAUCAUAUAUAUGAAACACCAUUAAGUGUUGAUAGUAGUAACUGUUCGACAUCAUUAGAAACACCAACUAUUUCAUCAUCAGAUGAACAAGGUAAUAAGCAUAUUCAAAAUAGUCAUUUAUCGUCUACAUAUUCAUCUAAUGAACAUCAUUUCAAUAAUGGCCUUGAUAAUGGUUCAUUAUCAGAAGUGACAAAUCCUUCGAAUAAUGGUAUUGAACUAGAAAACAUAAGUCUUGAUGAUGCAUUAAAUGCGGCAAAUGGCAUAUCAGGAUCUUCAAUAAUAUCCGCAGCACGUCUUCUCGAAGUAAAUGAACCACGCGAAUUGAGUCCAACAAGCGGUGUUAUUAUACCCGAAGAAAAGCGUGUUACGGAUCGUGUUAAAGUUUUUGAAGCUGUUGCGAACAAUGAUCAAUCAACACUUAAAAAACAAACUAUAAAAAAUGGAAAUCAAAAGAAAACAUCUGCAAGCUUUUCAUCAAGUGAUCAAAAACCAAAUAGCAAACGUGAACAACAAGUAUCUCCAUCCUCGUCAUCAACAACCGAUAAUGUUGAUAAUCAAUUAGCUAAUGAAUUCAAAUCAUCAUCAUCGUCAACGACAACAAAAAAUAAAUCAAAACGUCCAUCGUUAAAAAAGCAAAUACAAAAUUUACUAAAAAUAGAUAAAACACCAAUACAAGACGAUGCAACAAUUAUUGAAGAACAUCUCGCAGCUACAAAUGGUAAAAAAUCGAAUACACUUAGUUCUACACGUAAUAAACGAGAUACUAAUGAUUCAGCAACAUCACCACCACCACCACCAACAACAACAACAGUUAAACGUUCGUCACCACCAACAUCUCAACAACAUAGCCCAACAAAUGGGCAUGAUACAUAUAAAAAACGUUCACCACCGCCAUUGACAACAACAACCACCAAACGUACAUCGCCAAGAGAAUCACCAUCAAAAAGUCAACAACAUUCUCCCAUAUCAAAUGCUGCAGAAUUUAAUAUGAAACCAAUUGUUGAACCUCUUCAAAUAAGUAUUGACUCAAAUCUAACAAAGACAAAAACUCCAUCACCAUCAACGAAAACAUCUACAAAUGGUUUACUAACAAGUGAAACUGAACAACGACGAAGUUCAACAGGUGUAUCAAAAUUAAUAAAUACAUUUCAAGGCAAUUCAUCUCUUGAACUCGAACAAACAGUUCUUGUUCCACGCCUAAGAAGUCCUGGACAAUCAAUAAAUAAUUCAGAUAAUAGGGACGGUGGCGUUGUUGUCGUUGUUGUUGUCGGUGGUGGUGGUGAUAAUGAUAAUGAUGAUGAUGAUGAUCGUGAUGGUGAUGAUUCAUCCUCGUCACCCAUAGUAUCUCAAACUGAGCUAUCGGCAAAUCUUGUUUCUGGUACUUCAUCAAUAAAUAAUUUAGUUUCUCCGUCUGUUAAUAACAAUACAAGUGUACCUUCAACAUCAUCUAUCUCUGUAACAACACACAGUCCAAUGUCAUCCGGUGUUACUGAUUUAGCAAGAACGACAGCACGUGCAGUUUCAAUUGAAACAGGCACACGAAAUCGUACCAAUCUUCGAGAGAUAUCACCAAGUAUGCAACGACAAGGUCUAAAUGGCAGCAGUAGUAGUUCGCCGUAUGCAUUAUUAAAUCAAUCGACAAAUGCUAUAGUUACUGAUAAUUUACGUGUCCAACAUCAACGCGAAAAACAAGAAUUAUCUGAAUUAAAUGAUCGAUUUCGAGGUUAUCUUGAUCGUGUUAAAACUCUUGAAAAUAAAAAUGCUAAAUUAACCGGUCAACUUGAAGACAUAACAAAAUCAUGGGGUACAGCAUCGCAAGCAAUAGUUGCCCAAUAUUCCGGUCCACUUGAUAAUCUCCGUCAAGAAGUUAAUGACAGUAUGAUGGAUGAGGCUGAUUUACAAACACGUUUACGUCGUUCGCAUUAUACAAUUGAUAAUUACCGUUCAUUGAUCAAUGAUGAAACAGCAUGGAAUGAUCGACAAGAAGAAAAACGUGAACAAUUAAAAUUAGAAUAUGAACAUUCAUGUGCAGAGUUAGCUGCUUUACAAAAAUCUUAUAAGCAAGUUGAAGAUCAAUUGAAGAAUUUACUUCAACAACGGGAACAAUAUCUUAACGAAAUCGAUCAACUCAAUGAUCAAUCAUAUAAAGCAACGAUUGAUAGAAUUAAAUUAGAUUUACAAGUUCAAACACUUCGAGAAGAAAUUCCUUUUCUUAAUGAUGUUCAUGCACAUUUACUCAAUGAAUUCGAACAAUUAAAACCAACAAAUGGCAUUGAUACUCAAUUAUUUUAUCGGCAAGAAUUGGAAAAAGCCAUACGUGAUAUACGGCGUGACUUUGAAACGUUACAUGCAGCUCAACGUAAAGAAAUGGAAGAAUACUAUAAUGUUAAAAUAGAAGAAAUUCAAAAUGAUGCUAAGAAACUUUUACCAUUGCAAUCGCGACAAGAUGAAUUAAUGAAAAUAAAUGAACAAAUCAAAGCUGCGAAAUUUGAUUUAAAUGAUUCACAAAAAUUAUUAACUGCUGAAAAAGAAAAAUAUAAAGACUUACAAGAUCGUCUAUCUAAAUUAGAGGAAGAAUAUGGUUAUGUACGUGAUCAACGAAGUGAUGCUAAUGAUUCAAUAAACAAAGAUUUAGCACUUGCACAAGAACGUAUACAACAAUUAACUGGUGAAAUCGAUACUGUUUUACGAAGCAACAUAACACUUGAAUCAGAAAUCAAUGUUUACAGACGAUUAUUAGAUAAUGAAACAAAUAGACUUGCAAAUCAAACAGUAGAACAAAUUUUACCACCUGAACCAGCACCACCAUCAUUUGGUAGUGAAUUGGGAAAAGUUUUUAACAAAAAAAUAAAGAAAGGUCCAAUUGCUAUCAAAGACUGUGCACCCGAUGGCAAAUGUAUCACACUUGAAAACAGUUCAAGUGAUAAAGAUGUCGAUGUAUCAAAUUGGACAUUGAAACGACGUGUAGAAGGUUCACCAGAAAUCUCUUAUACUAUGCCGUAUGGCUUAAUAAUGAAACAUAACUGUGAAUUGAAAAUAUUUGCUCGAAGUGCCCAAAAUGCUCAUCAUCGACCACCAUUAGAAGUUGUUAAUGAUAAACUUGAUUCAUGGGGCAUGGGCACAGAAUGUGAAACACGACUAUUCAAUGAACAGGGUGACGAACGAGCUUCACAUUCACAAAAGAUUGUCUUUGGUUCUGAAUCGUCCCGUAAUUUACCUUAG